AUGGCCGCCGCGCCUGUAGCACCAGCUUCGGCAGCUAAUAAUUUGGUCGACGAAAAGGCAAUCAUUCCUUCUGCUGUGGAAAUCCAAAAUCCUGAGGGGCGGCCACAAUGCUUUAAAUCAACGACACAGGAAGUGCUAUUCGUUCUUACGGCGACUAUGGCGAUAGCAAUGGGAGCCUUCCUGUCUGGUGCCGUCUCAGUCAUAUCCGCUUCUGUUGGUGCAGACCUAGGCAUGACUACAGCGGAAAUUACUUGGAUGAGCUCAGCCAACACACUAGCUGGUGGUGCUUUCCUGCUUCUAUUCGGUAAACUCGCCGACUGCUUUGGACGUAAAAUGAUGUUCGUCCUGUCGCUAUUCUUCUUCGCUGUUCUUUCUCUGGCAGCUGGAUUCUCAAAAACUCCUAUUGUUUUGGAUGUGCUCAAUGGAAUGAUGGGAUUGAUGACAGCUGCUUCUGUCCCUCCUGCUCAAGGACUUUUGGGUACUAUUUACGAAAAGCCGUCGCGACGUAAGAAUGCAGCUUUUGCUUGUUUCUCUGCUGGUAAUCCUCUGGGCUUUGUGUUUGGCACCAUUUUCUCUGGUAUCGCUAGUGAUUUGUUCAACUGGAGAGCCAGCUUCUUCUUGCUGGCUAUCAUCUAUCUUGUCUUCAGCGCUCUGGCCAUGUUCACGGUGCCCAAGGACACCACAAAUAAGGAACCAUUCAACUGGACGACAGUCAAGAAGUUGGAUCCGGUUGGUGUUGUCCUCACUAUUGCAGGCGUAGGCAUGUUCUGCGCUGCUCUCUCUUCCGGCGAUACAGCUACCAAUGGUUGGAAGACUGACUACAUCAUCGCCAUGUUAAUCGUUGGCGCUGCACUCAUCGUCGCUUUCGUUUUCUGGGAACUCUACUACCCUCAUCCUCUGGUGCCCAUGUCGAUCUGGCGCGACAAGAAUUUCUCUCUCGUCAUGAUUGUGCUAUUAUUCGGCAUGAUGGCUUUCUCCGUCGCCGAGUUCUUCCUCGCAUUAUACAUGCAAGAAGUCUGGAAAUGGUCACCGCUCACCACCGCCGUCCAUCUGCUUCCAAUGGCCAUCAUGGGCAUCAUCGUCAACAUCGUCGCCGGCAUGAUCAUGCACCGCGUCAGCAACAAAGCACUCAUGCUCGUCGGAUGUUUCGGCUACACCAUCGCAUUCACCCUCAUCGCUGUAAACACCAUUCAUUCAUCCUACUGGGCUUUCUGCUUCCCCUCUUUCCUCCUCGCGGUCGUCGGCGCGGAUCUGGAAUUCAAUGUCGCUAACCUCUAUGUUGCUUCUUCUAUGCCUGUGCAUCAACAGAGUAUUGCUGGCAGUAUAGUUCAGACUGUUACGAAGCUUUGCCAAUCUGUGGGUUUUGGCAUUGGGACUGCGGUGUUCAAUGCUGUAGGGAGGAGUGCGAAGGAGGGAGGGAGGUGGGACGUGGCUACCAAGCCAUACUCUGCGGUUUUCUGGUUCGCCGCUGCCGCAUCGGGGACCUCGAUUGUUUUCGCCAUGUUUUUGACCAUUGGGACACAAGGAGGAAAGGAAAAACGGGAAGAUGAAGAUGAGGGUGAAGGUAGUGGAGAGGCGAAACAGUAA